AUGAUUUGUCGACAAUGUCACCAACGCCUGCUGGCACGCCAACGAACUCUUCCAAGCAUCAAGACCUGUUCGCGCCAGUUCUCGCAACAAUCAGCAUCUCGAGCGCAGGCGGUCACGGCGCAGACGACCCAGGCAACCAAUCCACGACCGCAUGGCAAGCCCGCCGCCACUUCGACUUCAGCUGCACAGCCUUUUAGCACACCAUUGACGCCGGCCCAAGGCGUGCCAGACCUACCAAAUCCCGAGUCCGGCAAGCAGUCCGUCAAGGUGCAGUCCAGCGUGCCCGCGGGCACUGUGCUAAAGGGCCUGAACUUCUUCAAGAAUAAGCAAGACCCCGUGGCGCUCGAAGAUCACGAGUACCCUCCAUGGCUUUGGACCGUAUUGAAUCAACGAGGCGAUGCAACUUCGAGUAGUGCUGGGGAUGCCGAGGGAGACCUAUUUUCGAAAUCCAAGAAACAGCGGCGGCUAGCGGCCAAGGCCUUGAGGAAGCAACAGCUGCUGGAUCCAGAUUCGAUGGCCCCAAAGAUUCCGUUAUAUGAACAGAGCGUUGAUCUGCCAAAGGGAGAUGGAACAGUCGCAGGGAACAGGCAAGCUGGCGAGGCACGGCAGGAGUUGACCAAGGCAAUGCGGGAUCAUCGGCGCAGCAAGAUCAAGGAGGCCAAUUUCCUCAAGGAGAUGCGUUAG